AUGUCUUUGAAGAAAGUCACUCUCGUUGGUGCUAGUGGUAAUGUCGGCGCGGCCGUUCUGCCUGAGUUACUCAAAUCUGAUCUCGAUUUGACUAUUCUAAGCCGCGAGGGAUCUUCCGCGAUCUUCCCCCCGGGUGCCAAAGUUGUCAAAACCGACUACAGUGAGGAUUCCCUGGUCAAGAUCCUUGCAGGCCAAGAUGCAGUUGUCAGCAUGCUCCCGAUUAUGGCUCUUGGAGAGCAGCAGAAAAUCGUCGAGGCUGCCAUAAAGGCAGGCGUGAAGAGAUUCAUUCCUAGCGAAUAUGGAUCCGACUCUGCGGGAUUGAAGUUCGGGAUGACAGGCUUCAAUCUUGCUGCCAAGACUGCCACUUUGGUAGAUGGUGGUAAGACUCGGUUUACAGCCAGUAAUACGGCACAGAUUGGACGGGCUAUCGUUGCAGUCCUCAAGCAUUCCGACGAGACCAAGAAUCAGCUUGUCUUCACCGAGUCAUUCACAACCACUCAGCUUGAGGUCCUAGCCUCUCUUGAGAAAAUAACUGGCGAGAAGUGGAAAACAGUUGAAAUCAGCUCACAAGCGAUUAGGGAAGAUGGGUUUGCCAAACUUGGAAAAGGGGAGAUCAUGGAAGGCGGCGCCGCUGUGAUCAUGGCGUUGGUGCUCGGGGAAGGCGGACUUGAAGACCAUACGCACGUCAAGGGUGGUAUCUGGAAUGACCGCCUAGGCUUGAAGACUGAGAGCGUCGAUGAGACUGUCAAGGCAGUGCUCAGUCUGUGA